UGGAGAUUGAAAAAUAAAGAGUUCUUCCACUAUUUGCCUUCAUUUAUUUUUGGUAAAGUUUUUCUGUUCCGUCAUUGAAGUUGCAGAGUUGCUUUUUCUAAUUUUAAUGUAAAAGACAAAAAGUGCCAAACUGCCAUCCAUUAUUUCAAUGGGAAGUGGAGAUCUCUGGAAUCGACUUCUAACUGCAAUGGCAGAGCUGUUGGAGGAUUCUCAUAUGGUCUUGGAGUGACUUGUGCGAUCGUGGCUGAAGCUUUGGCAACCCGUUUUGCGUUGCUUUGGGCAGCAGAUUUGGCGAAGGGAACUUUGUGGCGGACUCCCUUGCUUCGCUGGCUGCUUUUGAUCAAAGUCUCUUGUGUAUCUUCUCUUCUCCCCCAUCCACUUUUAUUUUCCCUCCGAGGUGGCGCUCAAGGAGAAGUUCUAGGUCGGAGCAGCCAAUUCGUGACCUCCGGGGCAUUGCAUGCGUGAGUGUUGUGAGAGAGGGAAAACGUCUCAGAUCUCUCAAACAAGAAGUAAACUGCAGAACCCUUUGAUUUGUUUCUUCUACUGUUGCUCUGUUUUACUGCUGUGGAAAGAUGCGCCGAUGCCUGAGAGACUCCCACAGACGGAAUUCUCUGGAGAGGAGACCCCAUUUUUUCAAAGUGAUCGUCCAUUCAACUGUCCAUGGCGGACAGCUUGAGAUCCCUAUUGAGUUCGUUCGGAAAUUUGGAGAAGAUCUCUCUGAUUCUGCGGUUCUCAAGGUUCCCAAUGGUAAUGAGUGGGUUGUAGAGUUAAAAAAAAUUGAGGGAGAAGUUUGGUUCCACAACGGUUGGCAUAGAUUCUUGGAAUAUCACAACAUAUCUGUUGGAUAUUUUCUAGUUUUCAGAUAUGAUGGAGAUUCAAAUUUCCAUGUUCUUAUUUUCAAUCACAAUGCUUGUGAAAUAAAGUAUACACUUCAAGAGUCCAAUCUUCAUGAUAAACAUUUGAAUCUUGAAAGUGAAGAAAGAGCAGAAGAAGACACUCUAGCUCCUUUGAGUAAGAAGAGACAAACGACCAAAAGAACAUCUACUCAACCCAAAGUUAAGAAACAGGGAAAGAGAAGUUCUGCUUCCUCAGAAAGCCAGGUCUCUAAACCUUAUUGUCCUGCUCAAAAGAAAAGGAAGACGAAAGAAAUUGGGGCAAAGCAAACCGAGACAAAUGCUUCAGGAGAGGAGGUCAGCAAAGAAUUCGAGUACCAACAGACAGAUCAAAGAAUUGACAUUCCCUCGUCCUUGCAAUGUUUGGAAGAUGAAUAUGAAUGGGCUUUUCUGAGAAAGGAAAGGCCAGUGACAAAGAAAGAAAGAGAAAGGGCACAUUGUGCAGCCGAGUCAUUAAAAUCUAAAAAUCCUUCAUUCAUGGUCGCUAUGAAACCGUCCUAUCUGCGCAAGGGAAUGAAUGUUCCUCUUGUAUUUAGCAGGAAACAUUUCACAGAUGGACUACACCAUAUCACACUUCGGCUUCCAAAUGGGAGUACAUGGCCUGCCCGGUUCUUUCUUCGUAGUAAUAUUAAAGCACUUCUUAGCGGUGGUUGGAUUGCAUUUGCUCGGGAAAAUGUUCUUCUAGAGGGAGACUGCUGUGUCUUUGAGGUGCUUAAGAAGAAAAAUAUUGAGAUGAACGUAUCAAUUUUCCGUGUUGUGGAAGAUUGGGUCCCAUUUGUUGGAUCAGUUACUGUAAAUACGAGACAUUCUACGACAUUCAGAGAAAGUGAAGCUACUCAAGCAGCAAGAGAGUUCAAGUCUGUACACCCUUUCUUCACAGUUUACAUCCAUCAAAGCUAUGCUCAGGGGUGUAGCCUGGUUAUGAAGUCUGGCUUUGUCAAGAGCCAUUUGACAGAUAAAGUAGAGACAAUCACACUUCAGGAUUCAGAUGGGGGAAAAUGGCCUGUCAAGUGCUUUAUUAAGGGUGGUGUGGGUAGAUUUGGUAGUGGUUGGGGUACAUUUGUAAAGGAAAAUGAUAUAGAAGAGGGAGAUGUUUGUGCUUUUGAGCUUCUUGAGAAGAAAUGUACUGUUUUGAAGGUCUCCAUUUUCAAAAAUCACUGAACAUGUGGUGAAACUGUAAGACUUGCCAAGUUAAAUGAAAUUUCUUUCCUGUUA